AUGUCCGCCCAUGAGGCCACAAAGACAAACCAAAAACUCUUUCACCGCUAUGCAAAGGUCUUCAGUGAAGAAGACCCCGAUGCAUUCGCGUUGCAUGCCGAUAAACUAGCUGCCUGGCUCAGCGAUCACAAGGCGUAUUACCCAACUGCACGACCAGAGAUAAUAAGACUCAUGAUAAUCGCCCAAAUGACAUUGAGGAAAGUCCUUGCCGCCGGUAAUGACUUGAGUGUCCCAUUCAAAGCCUCGGAUUACCCAUCCCAUCCUAUGGUUCCCCCUUAUAUCAAUCUGGUCAAGGCAAUCGAACCAUAUCAAUCUCACUUUGUUGAGCCCAACUUGCUUAAUUUUUUCAAGUCCAUCGUUGCCACGGCCUCGCAAAACCAUUCUCCUGACAUCGCAGGGCCAGGGUUGCUAUCUACCACUUCGUCAACAGCUUCAAAUAUGACACCAAUUGUACGGCAAGCCCCAGUUGUCACCGUAAAUAAUGGAGCGGAUCCUUCACCUCAAGCCCAGAUGACCACCGAGGCGAACUUUGUAACAGUCCCUGCAUCUUCCUCCACCAUGCAGGAAUCUUCACCCGUCCCCGUUCGCCCGCCUCCUCGUAUUGUCAAACCUAAGGCGAAGAAACGGAAGACAAUCGAUUUUGAACUUUUGGUCGAGCAAGAUAUACAGGGUCUCUUACAACGGAAAGGAGGUGCCACCCCUCGGGUCCCCGAUACGAAAACGAUUCAAGAGCAGCUCCAGCCGCCGACGGUUGCCCAACCCGAGGUGCGCAUACCGGAAGGCAGUACUGUUGACACCUCCAAUUCAGACGUCGUGCCUCAUGCUAAUCCAGCGGAAUAUAAGAAAGGAAAAUCGCCCAAUGAGUCCCAUGGAGCACAGCCGACAAGUCAUGAUUUUCAACAGAUGGACGUGGACGAGAAUCCUGUCAAUGGACCAAUUGAAGCACAAGAGCCUAAUCAUGUUCCCGACGAACUGGUCCCAAUGGAAGUCGAGACAAGUCAUGAACCUAAGGACGAUCAAGAGAUUCCAAUACAUAGCGCCUCCUCGAUCGCUCAAGCUUCUCCGCGUGAAACCCCGUCUCAGAUGGGGGUAGACAAACAGAAGUCUGAAUUACUCGAUUCGUUGAAGGAAACUGAAGAAUUGCAACCACGUACCUCCAUGAUUCAAGCGAGCCGCUCUGACGAGCAUGCAUUAUCCUUGAAUCAGACAGAGUUAUCGACAGGCAUUUAUGGACCUAAACUGAAUAUUAUAGCGACUCAGCAAGGACACACCCAGGAUACCAAGAUUUCUCUUCAAUUUGACAUCCCAGAAGACCAAUUCGACUUGGUGUCUGCAUGGGUCAAGAGGAAGAAUGAUUCACAGUACUUCUCGAGCAUGAUCUUGCAUUCUUCCUGGCUCCCUGACUUCGUAAAAUAG